CAAUGUCAUUUUUUACAGAGUGGCCAGCUUCAGUAGUGCACACCUCUGAUGGAGAUAUGUGUGUGUACAAGAGACAGACAGGGUGAGACAUCUCCAGAGACGGAGGAGUGCAAGAACACAUGCCUCAGACCAAUUAAGAGAUGGGCGCUGUACUCUCUAGGACAGCCUGCUGUAACCAUACACACACUGCUCAAUGUAGAGGAGCGAUGAUGAAUAAUGCAUCAUCGCCCGGUGGAUGUGGACCAGUGUGUGUGUGUGUGUGUGUGAGUAAGAACUGGAGAGCGAGCAUGUGUGUGUGAGGAAUCCCUCCCCCAGCCCCCAACCAGUCUGCAACAUGAAGCCAGCGAGCGAGCGGAGAAGAGAGGAGAGAGCGAGGAGGACAGGAGCAGGAGGGAGAAUGUACCGAGAGAAGAUCUGACGAGGAGGAACAUGACGAGCGUAGGAAGCGCAGCCCAUCGAUGGCAGCCAUGCUGAGUCCAAAGAUCAGACAGACCAGGAGAGCCAGGUCCAAGAGCAUGGUGAUGGGAGAAGCAUCACGUGGCUCACCGAGUCUCCAGGAGGGAGUGCUAAAGGCCGGCUGGCUGAAGAAGCAGAGGAGCAUUAUGAAGAACUGGCAGCUGCGCUGGUUUGUGCUGCGUGCUGACCACCUCUACUUCUACAAGGAUGAAGAGGAGACCAAACCACAGGGCUGCAUCUCACUGAAGGGCAGCCAGGUGAAUGAACUGACAGCCAACACAGAAGAACCCGGCCGACAGCUUUUUGAGAUUGUGCCAGCUGGUGAGAAAGACAAGGCUGCGAUGAGCCAUGAGUCUUUUCUUCUCAUGGCCAACUCCCAGAGUGACAUGGACGACUGGGUGAAGGCCAUCAGACGGGUCAUUUGGGCUCCUUUAGGAGGAGGCAUAUUUGGCCAGCGUUUGGAGGACACUGUACAAUAUGAGAGUAAGUUUGGUCCUCGUCUCGCCCCUCUCGUGGUGGAGCAGUGUGUGGAUUUCAUCAGGGAACAGGGUCUCGAUGAAGAAGGUUUGUUCCGGAUGCCAGGACAAGCCAACCUGGUGAAGGAGCUUCAGGAGGCGUUUGACUGUGGAGAUAAACCUCAGUUUGACAGUGACACGGAUGUGCACACCGUGGCUUCCCUGCUGAAGCUGUAUCUCAGGGAGCUUCCCGAACCCGUCGUUCCCUUCUGCAAGUACGAGGACUUCCUCACGUGUGCUCAGAUCCUGGCCAGAGACGAGGACGAGGGAAUACAAGAAUUAGGGAAGCUAGUGACGACCCUUCCAGCUGCCAAUUACAACCUUCUGAAAUAUAUAUGCAAAUUUCUGGAUGAGGUGCAGUCUCACGAAAAUGAAAAUAAAAUGGGUGUGCAGAACCUGGCCACCGUGUUUGGACCAAAUAUCCUCCGUCCCAACAUGGAGGAUCCAGUAGCUAUCAUGGAAGGCACCUCCCUUGUUCAGCAUCUCAUGACGCUGCUCAUCAGUAAUCACGAGCACCUGUACACUGAGAAACCCUCAGAAACAUCACAGAACCAGACGGAGCUGGAGGACCAAAGCCAGCAACUUCUGCAGUCCGACCUGGUGGACGUGAUCUCUGAGGAGGAUCUCCACACCUCGUCUCAGGGGAAGGGAGAGACAGCCGUCAGCCCUAGUAAGCAGGCCAAGACGCUUCCAGGAUGGAAGCACACCUUCAGAGGCUCCGCGGUGGACGGUGGGAACUGGUUAAUGAACGGUCUGUCCUCACUGAGGGGACACCGCCGAACCUCAGCUGGGGAACGCUCCAGGGACUCGGGCUCCUCUCAGAGACUGUCUACUUACGACAACAUCACGUCUUCAUCGAGUCUGAGUGUGGACAGCACGCCGUGGUCCAGCUCGUCCUGUGAGAUCUCCGUCACAGACUCGAGCGAGCCGCUGGGGACAGAAGACAGACGGAGCGAGGAGGAGGUGAAGCCUGAGGAACAUCAGGAGGAUGCUGAGGAGAAGCGUGCGAGCGGAUUGUUCUGUAUCACACCGGUCAUUAGAGUCGUGGAGGAAGACGGAGAUGCAGAAGAAAGCCCUUCGUCUCUGCUCGGCGUCGUGACAGAACUGAAAGAAGAGCUGAGGAAGCAGAAACAGACUUAUGAAUCUAGAAUUGAAAAGCUGCAAGAGUCGAGUUCAGCUCUGUGUGCACAGAUGGAGAGACUCGAGCAGGAGAUGGAACAGGAGAGAAAAAGAAAAGGAAUGCUUGAGAUCAAGCUGAGAAACUCUGAGCGUGCUCGUGAGGACGCAGAGAGCCGCAAUCGCCUCCUGGAGAAGGAGAUGGAAGAAUUCUUCUCCACGCUGGGGGAUCUGGCUCUUGGAAGCCGGACAAGUGACAUUUAACGCAAAAAAUAAACACACCCAAAGACACGAGGACCAGAGCACUCCGGCUUCUCCGUAAUCAUGUGGACAAUUUAAUGUUUGCAGAAUAUUGUGUUCAUCAAAUCAUUUAAAAGGCCUUCCACUAUCACACUUAAUCUAAACUGGUUACUUUUCCCAUCGUUUCAGCAGUGAAGCGUUUACUAAAGCCAUUUUACUCUUGACAUUUUAAAAGCGAUUUCUUUCCGGAAGCUUUAGGUGACACAGAAACAAAUGGAACGUCUGAAUCCUGUCCUGAAAUCAGUUCAGAGGAAUCUUUUGCAUGUUCAGGGAUCCCAAUGAUAAUAAUGACGAUUAGAGCAGAGUCAUUGGCUUUUGUUUUUAUCAGCUGUUUGGACUCUCAUUCUGACGGCACCCAUUCACUGCAGAGCAUCCAUUGAUGAGACACUGAUGCAGUGCUACAUUUCUACAAACCUGAUGAAGAAACAAUUCAAGACUGUCAGUGACCGUUAGUGCCACUUUCAUAAAAAAAAAAAAAAAAAAGGAUUAAAUGUGACUUUUAUCAUUUUAUCUGAUUUUAUAUGUAUUUUACACAGGUGAUGUGUGUAGGAAGGCUGGAAACAUGUGGAUGUGAGUGGUCAAAUACUGUCAUAGCUUUAGACUCAUUUUCUGACCGCAGUGGGUUUUAUUCUACAUCAGCCUAAUGGUUCCCUCUCCAGGCUGCUAACAUGAUGAUUCAGGUUCAAUCUCAAGAAGAAGAGACCCAGAAACUGGACAUCACCGCUGUGCCCUCGAGCAAACUGCUUUCUGCUGCUCAACACGUUUAGUCAUCAAUCCACUUGGAUAUUAUUUGGAUUUCUCUAGAACAGCUUUUACAAAGGACUUCAGUGCAUAUGU